GCCUGUAUAAUUAUUAUCAUAUUUUAAUUUGUAUUUUAAUGUGCCACUAUUGUGCCGUAUAAUUUUGUGUAAAAAUGGGUCUUUUAACAAGUCCUACUGCUGGAGGUAGUUCCAAGAAGUUUGCAAACAUUCUUAUCAAAUGGGAACCAGUUGUGUCACCACUUCUGUACAUUGCUGGUAUCAUUUGGUUUCUGGCUCUGGCUUAUCACCCAUAUAAUGCGGGCACGUAUUUCUCCGAGAACGCCCUCCUUCCGGGCCUUGUUACUAACGAAUUCUCCGACGGCAGUGAACUCGCUCGUCUUCUGAAGGCUCUAGAGGCGGAGGCUGCCGAUCACCCGGACACGGUGCCCCACCCGUGGAUCCGCGCCCAGUUCCGUCAGCUGGGACUGCAGGUGUACCCGCACAACUUCACACUACGCUACCCGCUCGGCAACGGAUCGGUGUUCCACGGCGAGAACACGUACGCGGUGCUGCGCGCGCCCCGCAGCGGCAGCACUGAGGCGCUGGUCCUCUCAGCACCCUACCGCCGGCCCGGAGCGCCGCAUCCGCCCAACCACGCUGCCGUGGCCAUGCUGGUCGCGCUGGCCAAGUACUUCAGACGUCAGGUGUACUGGGCCAAGGACAUUGUGUUUCUGGUGACGGAGCACGAGCAGCUGGGAGUGGCCGCCUGGCUGUCGGCCUACCACCAGCAGCCGGUGGGCCACGGCCUGCUGGACGCCGGAGACCUGCCCGGACGAGCUGGGUCUAUACAGGCGGCCAUUAACCUGGAGGUGGAGUCAGCGACGGUCAGUCACGUGGACGUGCUGGUGGAGGGUCUGAACGGACAGCUGCCGAACCUGGACCUGGUGAAGAUGGCACACUGGAUCUGCCAUCAGGAGCACAUCCAGCACACCACGCAGGGGCGGGCGGACCACCCUCGGCCGCACUCGGAGGCGGGCUACCGGCACUCACUACAGACUCUGCUGCACAUGAUGGCCAGCCAGGCGGCUGGCACGCCGACCGGCAACCACGGACACUACUUGAGGUACGGGAUCCAGGCAGUGACACUGCGCGCCCUGGACGACCGCGCGAUGCCGGGACCCCGGUCGGGUCUCUCCCACCUGGCUCGCGUGCUGGAGGGCAUGUUCCGGUCGCUGAAUAACCUGCUGGAGCGCUUCCACCAGAGUUUUUUCUUCUACCUGAUGCCGGCCACGGGACGCUACAUUUCCAUCGGUCUGUACAUGCCGCCGUUCGCGCUGGUGGCUAUCGGUAUCGUGCUGAGGGCGCUGACCUGCUGGCUCCGGCUGCCGGACACAGACGACUCGGAGAGGCAGCAGGAAGCUGAGGGGGCGGAGAGUGUCGGGAAGAAGGGCGGGGACGCGUGUGACCGUCCGUCGGAGCCGUGGCCGCUGGCGGCCGUGCUGCCGUGUGUGCUGGCGCCUCACGCGCUGGGCGCUGUGACGCUGGCCGGCCUGGUGCCGCUCACCCAGCUGCUGGCCGCCGCCGGCUGGCCCACCGAGCGGGCCGUGUUCGCCGGCCUGCUGACGGUCAGCGUGGGCAGCCUGCUGCUGCCGGCGAUCACCAACAGGCGGUCGCCGCUCUCCGAGUCUGGCCGACUGCUGCUGCGCUGCGUCACGCUGAUCGAGCUCGGCCUGCUCGUGUUCACCGCGGCUCUGUUCAACAUAUCGCUGGCGCUGAUCGUCACCACACUCUAUACGCCAGUGGCACUGUCGGCCAGAUAUUACAGCUCCGCGCCGGCGCGUCUGCUGGCGUCUCUCUGCCUGCUGCUGGUCCACCCGUUCACGCUGCAGCUGGCUGCUGUGGCGCUGGGCGCCCCGGCGCUGGCCUGGCGCGCCGUGCUGGCCGCCGACCAGCGCGCGCUGGCCGUGGCGCUGGUCGACUCACUGGUGUACGGCGCGCGGCUGCUGGAUGUGGCGUGCACCGUGCUACUGCCGCUGUGGCUGCAGAUGUGGACGCUGGUGCACUGCGGAUGAGAAGGCUGCUGUCAGAGCUCAGCCGAGACAAGGUCAGUGCCGACGGCGGGCAGUGAAACGCACAGCGCUGGUGCUUGGCAGAGCUACGUGGGAGUUGGACACAGCCUGAUCUCUAUUUCGGUGAUCGUACCACCGUACCACCGUUUGAACGUCCGCAAGUCAUACCAAGACUGAAGUUCAAGGCGGCGUUGAGCGCAAGGUGCGCUCGCGAUGUGUCAGUUGAAUAGACUCAAUUCAUAUGAGCCCUCGUCAGUCAACUUAUCAUUCCCUCAUUCUCGCUGCUCACUGCCAUCAAAGCUCUGGCCGUGGCGUGACGCGAGAGCCAUUGUGAUGGACUAGUCGUUUGCUGUUCACUGGGCGUCGCAGGCGUGUCCUGUGGCGCCUGUGGUAACGUCCAAGAGAAGAGUGGUUUUGCCUCCAGGGACCACCAAUAAAACACGAUGAGAUUUACCAGGGCGAGUGAUAAUGCACAAACUGUAUUGACGCAGCAGUCCGAACCGUACUUGUCGAUGUUUCACCACGCCGAUUCUGUGUAGACAUGCAUGACGCUUCGAAAGAUUGAAGCUUUACACGUGCAGAAUUAGCCAACCCGGAGGGAGGGAUUGGAGAGGAGUGGAGGAGAGACGGCUCCCUGUCUCAGAGUUCAGUGGAUGAACCCGCCGAGGCCGCCGUGCGUCGCCCAAGGGGGGGGGGGGCAAAUCUUCUUGGUAAUAUGUAACGUAAUGCGUUUGUAAGAGUCUGCCGGCGUUUACAUGUUCGGAUGUCGCAUGUGCGGAAUAUACAUUAAUCAUUUCACAUGUAUGCAUGUGAAAUGAUCAAUGAGUAAUAUUUAUGGGGACCUGGCCGGGGCUGAGCCGUUGUCAAUGACAUGCUAUCUUCAUUCUGCAUCUAUGCGACCGUAAUGUUAUAUGUCAGUGUAGAAUGUAAUGCCCAUACACAUGGUAUGUGAUCUUUA